CUAAAUUACACUACUGAGCCGCUGCCUCGCCGUGCCUGCCCGUCGACAAUAUCUCCGCCCGUACCGUACCAUAACUAUCGUCGAAACCGCCGGGCCAUCCCAGAACAGCGUUAUAUAACUGAAUAAAUAAUCCGCCCGUCGCGUUACUGACGGAUCGCAAAGUCUCCCGUCGACCGGUAUCCAUAUGCAGUCCGCAUAUGACAGCGAUCCGGCGGGGAGCGCCCUGACGAAGAAGCGGCGCAGAGUCGACAGCAACACCAGCAACCUGAGCGGCACCUCCGCGACCGCGCAGCCAUGCAUCCCCACCCUCCCGCUCACCACCGACCAAGCGGAGCUCUGGCGGUCCUCGCUGCGACAAGCCAACACGUACUCCUCGUCGGUCGACGAGCUGUGGCCGGCUUUAUGGCUACACCCAGACAUCAACGCGGUGGUCGGGCGCAUGACCAAAAAGAUCGAGGGCGGGGACUACACGUACCGGCGAGCGUGGCAGCUGAUGCAGAUCGGGGAUCUACAGAUCGUGUACGUUCUGUCCGGACUACCGCAGGCGCUCCGCGACCAGGGCAAAGCGCACAGCAGCCUACUGAUCGCGUCAGUGGCGCUGCGGUGCGCGCUCGCCCUCUCCGCGCCGCAGGUCAAACACCAGAUUCCCCCCGACUGCUUCAUGGAGCGCGAGAUCCAGCUGCGCGCGCUCGGAUCGAUGCUGAGUCUGCUGCAGCUGCUGAAGGCACAGGCGCCAGCGCGGAAUCCGGUCCUCACCGCCGCCACGGAAAAGCUACUGUGGGAGAACCUGCGUGUCCUCCAGGAGGACCUGAGUAAGAGCUUGGGAGGCGCCGCGGAUAAGGGCGACUGCGAGUUCAUGGCGAGGUACGCACAGAAUUUGCUCGCCGAUCUGCCCGGAGAUGAUAAUGUCGCCACCAAGUGGGCGAGCAGCAUCAUGAAUAUCUUUUUUGCGGCGGGAAUGGCGUAUCAGUACAAUGGGCCCGAGGCGAUAAAACUGCUGCGAUUGGCCGUGGAGCCGCUGAGCCAUAGGGGCACUAGCUGGCACAGGGAGUUUGAUCGAUUUCAUCAUGUGACAAUGGUGAUAAUCUCGUGGUCAUUAUAUCACAACGCGGGGUCGAGCCCGGCGUUCCGCCUCGCGUGCAGCGACAUGAUCGGGCUGCUGCGCAACAAGCUUCGCGACGGGAUCAACAAUCUGAACGCGCAAGGCAGCACCAAGCGGAAGAUCUCCGCGCUGUUCCCUAGCACGGAGGCCACCGACUCCUCCGUGCACAUGACCUACGGACUGCUGUACCUUCUCGGACGGCUAGUGGAGCGGUACAUGGCUGGCGGCGGGUCGAGCCGCGAAAAGCAGAUCGCGCAGCUGACGGAUGUCCUGGUCUGGGCGUGCCAGAAGUCAAAGUUCGGCGAGAUCAAGUUCAAGGCCUACGAGAUCCUGUUCGCGAUACUGGCGCCGGUGCCGUCGGCAAAUACCGCCGGGACGCUGUUGCAGCAUCAGCGCAUGACCGAGGUCGAGGGCGACUCCCGCAUGGAGCGUGAGCGAAGACACGAGGAGUGGGCGACCCAUGUCGAGUGCAUCCUGGAGCGGAAGAGGCUCAUCGAUAAUUCCCUCGCGAAGCUUGAUCUCGAGCAGAUCAAGCGUGCGAAGGAUGAUUACGAGCAGCAGGUGGCACGCACGCCGAUGACGCCGCCGACGAAAAGUCACGAUAUGAUCAGGGAGUACUCGCACGAUUCGAUGCAGAGCGCGGGCACGGGACCGGGCAUGGCUACUGGAGGUGCGGGUGUGUUGCGGCAGGAUUAUCGAUUGGAUUUUACGCUCCCCGCGUUCCAGUCCCCGAAUCUACUUCCGCCGCUGAGUCCGGCUACUUCGUAUGCCGAGAGCGACGAGUAUGUGUGGCAGCAGAGCCCACCACCGUUUCCGCUCGAAAGAAUGACCAGGACCGAACCGGCAGAGAUCAAACUGAAGGGGAUACCCGUGUGUACGCAAAUCUCCAAUACCGGGCACAGCGUUGCAUUUCUGUCGCGAGAUCAUCUUGACGUCUACGGGAUAACACUCGAGGAGAAUCCCACACUGUCCCUGUCAUUGACGCAGAAACUCGAACAAAAGCUGCCCAAGAAGUCCGACUUCGUAGCCACCGCUGUCAACGACCAAUUCGUCGUGGCCAUCUCGCGCAACCAGCUGCAAAUCUACGACCACUCCACUCCAUCGCAGCCCUCAGGCACGAUCGACUUCGACUACCAGCCGGAGCCCGUGCUCCGACUAACCUCCGUAGCGCUCACCUCCACAACACCUCCCACCAUUGCGCUCGGCCUCAUCCUGCACGACAAGCGCACGCGCAUCCACCUGUACGAAGCCAUCCCCUCACCUGGCCACCUGCCCCUCCACCACCUGCGCACACUCUCCUUCGGCACCUCAGUGCCCCAACCUCACGGCGCUGCAGGCUCCCUCAGCUUCUCCACCUGUUCCACCCACCUGCUGUGCACGUCCACCCUGCGCGGCGACCUUCUAACCUGGCCGCUGCACUACGCCUCCGCCACGCCCAGCCACCGCACCGUAAUCCCCAUCAACGACGGCCUGGGCCACGGCAUAGCGGGGAUCACCUCCGCCGCGCUGUUCCCGAGCACACGGUACAUCAUUGCCACCACCGGCGCGUCCUCGCAGCCCGCUGUUCUGGCAGCACGCAGCUCGGCGGGAGCGGGAGCAAGGAGGCCGGCUCUGCUGGAUAUUAUGCAGCCGCAGGCGGCGAUGAGGGCCUGUGCUGUUGCGCGGCAAGAGAAUGCAAUAGCGCUGAUGACCGAGAGGGGCGCGGUGUGGGUGGCCAAGUUGUCGGGCGCCGGGGCACAGGUGGGACACGCGGUGGCGCUGCCGGUGUUGGUGCUCGAGAGGGGGGGGGCGGGGGCGGGGGAUGUGUCGUUUGGCAUAAGCGAGGGAGGAAGGCAGGUUCUGCUUGUGGCGAGGGUCGAUAGGCCGCUGUUUAAGAGUCGGUGGAGGGGGGAUGUGGUGGGGGUUGUGUUUUGACUUCUUGAUUUUGGCGCGGGGUUGCAAGGGGGGUUUGAUGCGAGGUGGGGUUGCGUGCAUGGUGUAUGUGAGGUCUUGUCUUUUGGUAGAAUAUAGUAAUAUCAUAGUGGGGGGUGGGGCGGGGGAGCGGGAAAGGGCGUACGGAUUGCUUUGUCCUUUUUUGCGUUGUGUUCGGUUUUUGGAUUUGGAUUUGGACUUGGGGACUUGGAGUUGAAUGGAAUACAUAGGUACUUACGCAUACCUUGUACAUCAAGCGGGGGCAAAGGCGAACAAAAUUAUGUGUUGGUGAGAGGAGCUAGAUGAAGAGGUUAUUGUUCAACUUCGAGGAG